AAGAGUCUCUCCAGAUCAGAACACCAGAUGGACAACGCUAGCCCUUCCUCCCUCCCAGAGUCCCCGUGUCAUACCUCUCCCAGUAGCACCUUACUGCUGGGUCUGAAGAGGUUGUCUGUGCGGCUGGUGGACUGCAGGAAAACAACGGGGCUGAGUGGAACUGUGAGAGGAGGAGAAGAGAAGAAAGGAGCAGAUUUGACUCAUCAAAGAGAAAAACCAAAGUCGGAGGAACCAGAGACGUCCAAACCAGCAAGACGACUCCUCUGCUCCCACUGUGGAAAGACUUUUAACCAGUUGGGAAGCCUGAAAGCUCAUGAGCGAAUCCACACAGGGAAGAAGCCUUUCCAUUGCUCCCACUGUGGAAAGAGUUUUAUCCGGUUAGACAACCUGAAAAGCCAUGAGAGGGCACACACAGGGGAGAAGCCUUACCACUGCUCCCAGUGUGGAAAGACUUUUAACUACUUAGGAAACAUGAAAUCUCACGAGCGAGUACACACAGGGGAAAAGCCUUACCACUGCUCCCAGUGUGGAACUAGGUUUGCUAAGUUAGGAACCCUGAAAUCUCAUCAGCAAAUACACACAAGGCAGAAGCCUUACCACUGCUCCCACUGUGGAAAGAGUCUUAACCGGUUAGACUCCCUUAAAAGACAUGAGAGGGAACACACAGGAGCAAAGCCACACCAUUGCACCCAGUGUGGAAAGAGUUUUAACCACUUAGGAAAGCUGAAAGCUCAUGAGCGAAUCCACACAGGGGAGAAGCCUUUCCAUUGCUCCCACUGUGGUAAAAGUUUUAUCAGGUUAGACGACCUGAAAAGUCACGAGAGGGUACACACAGGGGAGAAGCCUUACCACUGCUCGGAGUGUGGAAAGAGUUUUAGCCAUUUAGGAAGCCUGAAAGCUCACGAGAGAAGCCACACAGGGGAGAAGCCUUACCACUGCUCCCAUUGUGGAAAGAGUCUUAACCGGUUAGACACUCUGAAAAGACAUGAGAGGGCACACACAGAAGAGAAGCCACACCAUUGCACCCAGUGUGGAAAGUGUUUUAACCGGUUAGACACCCUGAAAAGACAUGAGAGGGCACACACCGGGGAGAAGCCUUACCACUGCUCCCAGUGUGGAAAGAGUUUCAUCCGGUUAGGGCACCUGAAAGAACACAUGAGAACGCACACAGGGAAGAAGCCUUACAAAUGCGCAAACUGUGGAAAGACAUAUUACUCAUCACAGUCACUUAAAAGUCAUAUGAGAAUCCACACAGGAGAGAAGAAUUACUUAUCUUAGUGUGUAAAUUGAUAUUUCACAUCACAUUGACUUAAUUACUUCUCCUAGUGUGUAAAUUGAAAUUUCACAUUAUAUUGACUUAAUUGCUUCUCCUAGUGUGUAAAUUGAUAUUUCACAUUGACUUGAAGUUAAUCAGAGGACAUACACAGUGCUCCCAUUGUCUUAUAUUGUUGACUGACUGAGAUUGUGUUUACUUGUUUAUACCAUAUGAAAUGUGUUUAUACAAAGUAUACAAAAAAAUAUAUUUGUAUGUUUUUAUUAGAAAACAUGAAUUGAAUAUGGAGUGUGUCAGUUUGAAUACACAGUAGAUCAGAUUCCAUGUGUUUAAAUUGUCCUUUUUAAAACUCUGACUGUGUGUUUAUCUGGGUGUGUCAUUCCUCCAGCACUACAGGUAAUCAAGUGAUAUUUGGAUGUGAUGCAUUUGGCUCCAUUGUUUACAUUUGCAUUGUUGGCCCACUGAUGAUUUAAUGAAAUGAAAAUCUUAACGGACUCUGUAAUGGAACAUUUUAAUUGUAUGUGUCCACAUAACUGAGUAUGUGACUAACCUUGUGAAACUGUCCUAUUAUAAUCUCCUGUUCUUGGGAGUAUCAUCCUGUGUUGCAAACCAGCUUGCACCUGCGUUCUUGUAUAAAUAAAGUCCCGCCCAGGAACAGGAAAUAUAAAGAUAUGUGCUCAUCACCCAAUGCUUUGGAAUUCAU